GGCGUCUUGUUUCUCCUGGGUACUGUUGUUAUGGCAACUAUAAACAUUAUGUGGGAGCAUGCAUGGUUGUUAUGGGAACUGUCUGCGGGAGCAUGAAGGAAGCAGGACCGAGGGAGUGUAUGGACAGAGUGGACGGGUCACCGGGGAGGUGACAAUUAGAUGACAGUGGGAGUGAGUUGAUCACAUCCAGGGCCAUUGCACCUUGGAUAAUCUGAUUUAGUAUCUACAUGCAUGGGUUUGUCGAUGAGAAGCUAUGACAGCCUCUGUCAGCUCUGUCCAGAUUUAGAUGCCUGCUUGACCCGAUUUACAUCCUUCUUCAGUAGCUACAGAGACAAAGUGCCAGAGACCUGAAAACAUAACACUGAUCAUCUGAGAGAGGAACUUGAAAAAGUAAAAUGCAGCAAAUGCCAGUCUUACAGUCCACAGUGGCUCCAGUGGAGGGCAGGUUACACCGCAGUGUGCCCAGCCUGCCAGCAAUCAAGCCAGACAGGUUGAAAACAGCUAAAGCGUUGGUGGAGAAGGCAGUCAAGUUGAGGAAAGUGUUUUCAGUGCAAGGGCCCUACCCUGUGAUCCGUGCUGCUUUAUGGGCCCGAGGGUGGGUGGAACGUCGUUUGCCCCAUUCGGUCCAGACAGCACCGCAUUGCCAUGGCGAUGAGGACGAGGAUGGCGAUGAUGGUGAUGUCAGUGCUGAUGUUACUGAGAGAGUGGAUGAAGGCGAGAAAGAGGAGAACCGUGAUGACAUGUAUGACCUCAUGUCUCGCCAGGUUCGAAACGAAACAACGUAUUUCUACUGGACGACACGACGGGAUUACAUUGACUGUCAUUGUUUACGGAACGACCAAAUGACCAAUCACUACGCAAACGCUGGAACUUUUACCACCAAGGUGGGGCUCUGUGUGAACCUGCGCAACCUUCAGUGGUUUGAUACAGCAGAUCCUGAUACCUUCUUCCCAAGAUGCUACAGGCUUGGGGCAGAGGAUGAAAAGCAUGCAUUCAUAGAGGACUUCAGGAGGACAGCUUGCACCAGCCUGCUGCAGUAUGUUGUUGAGACAAGUAGAUGGAGGAGAGAGGGAGAGGAGGUCAAGGAACAAAAAGCCAAAGAUAGCAUCUCUGAAAAGUUGGAUAAUGCAGAGCAUCGAUCUGUUGGUCCAGAAAUGAUCGACACAGCUCUACACGCGUGUCAAGAGUUUCUCAGUGUUUUAGAGCAUGGUGACAUUGAUGUAACUGUGGAAACACCCCCUGCAGUGGAGGAACAACAGUGGGCAGAGUUUCUGCAAGACUACUACAUGGUUGUGCAUGAAGGUGCAUCAAUCAGGGGUAGCAGUGUGUUUGUGGAGCGCUGCCAAGCCAUGUUAAGCAGACUGCAGGAGGCUUGCCCUCAGCUGGAUACAGAUGGACUAAACAACAUCUGGAUCAUCAAACCAGGUGCCAAGUCAAGAGGACGAGGCAUUAUGUGUAUGAACCGCCUGGAUGAGAUUUUGGCACUCGUAGACACAGACAGAGCCAUAACUAAGGAGAGUAAGUGGGUGGUUCAGAAAUACCUGGAACGUCCUCUGUUGGUCCAUGGCACCAAGUUUGAUCUCCGUCAGUGGUUCCUUGUCACUGACUGGAAUCCUCUGACUGUGUGGUUCUACAGGGAGUGCUACUUGCGGUUCUCCACUCAGCCCUACUCUACAAAAACUCUGGACAGCUCAGUCCACCUGUGCAACAACUCCAUCCAGAAGCACUUCCAGCCAUCCCGAGACCGCCAUCCAGGUGUGCCAGAGGACAAUAUGUGGUCCUGCUCUCAGUUUAGGGAUUUUCUACAGCAGCAGGGUUGUGGGGCACAGUGGGAGUCAGUGGUGGUCCCAGGCAUGCAGCAAGCAGUCGUCCGUGCCCUGCAAACAGCCCAGGACCUAGUUGAACCCCGCAAGGCAAGCUUUGAGCUCUAUGGAGCAGACUUCAUGUUGGGUAGAGAUCUGAGGCCUUGGCUCCUGGAGAUCAAUGCCAGUCCGACUAUGGCUUGUUCUACUGCUGUGACUGCCCGACUCUGCCCUGCAGUGCAGCUGGAUACACUGAGGGUUGUACUGGACUGGAGGACUGGUGCAAGUGCUUACACAGGAGGCUUCCAGCUCAUCUACAAACAGGCUGCAGUUGAAGUUCCUCAUUAUGUGGGGGUGAACCUGCUGGUGGAGGGAGCCCCCAUAAGACGAUCCAGACCUCUACUUAAUAGGCAAACAGUUAUUUCAAAUGCACUUCUCACUAUCCAGUUCCCCUCAGACCAGACAUCUUCAGAGGAGGUUGAAACAACACAUAAACCAUCAGGUCAGAAACCCCAUGCAGGUGCUGCUUUUCGCCAUUCAGGCAAAGAGAACCGAGCUGUUGGAGAGAAAAAGAGGCAGCUUACAUCAACAUCUCCUAAGAGGGCGCGUGAAGGGAGAACCGACAUUCAGAAUACCUCUUAUGCUCGCAGGUCCUGUCGCAGUCUGGUGUCUGAACAACCUUUGGUGGUGCACACAGAACCUCAAAGGAAAGCCCGACGUUUGGGUUUGAGUCUUGGUGCCAACGGGGCAACUCUAGUCCCACGGAGCCUUUCCUUUUCCCUCAGCCCCCCUCACUGUGUGCCACAUGGUAAAACUCAGCCCAGUCCAGGCCAUGGAUCAUCACACAUCUCCAGAUCCUUCCUUCCCCAGACAGCUUUUGAGCCCCAGCACCGGACUUCUACUCGGGUCUUUCCCUCACUCCAGGGUCCUCUCCCUACCGUGGAAGUCCUUAGCUUGCGACCAAACAUUGUGACUGGAACCGUUGCCUGUCGUAAUCCAAACUUGUCCUUUCAUUCCAGCCUCCAGACGAAUCACUUAUUUAUCCGUUCUCAUAAGCAAAGCAUGGACAAAUAUAAAGGAGACAGAGCAGAGGAACAUAAAUACUAGCGGGGUUGGGUGUUUGGACUAGUGCGUAACAUUUACGGGCAUCUAUUGGCAGAAAUUGAAUAUAUAUAUAUAU